UCCUUAUUCAACCUAUCUGACAUUGUAAAAUAAUAAUAAAAAUGCGAGCGCGUGUCCUGAAGAAUAUUUUUCGCGCCUUGAAACAAAUGCGCAUCGCAGAUCGCACGGCGAAUCACAAAAAUAAACACACGUGAGUUGUAUGAGCAACAAUUUUGUAUGUAGUACUUGCAUUCAGUUCUUCACGCACGGAAGUAUUCGGUCGACAAAGUGAACAAUGAAAAGUGAAAAACCGAAGAAAAAACAUGGCAAGAAAUUCAACUCGUCCAGUGCAAUGGGCAAGAGUAGCGAUUUGGCUCAAGCGGAAGGCCAAGAUUCAAAUCCAAACAGGGCAAAGCGAAGAAAAAAUCGACUCGAGCCAAAUGCCGAGGCGAAAAAACUGAUGAAAUUCGCCCAAACAAAAAUCGAGGAUGGAAAGAAACCGGCGCUGGAAAAACGUGCAGGGCCCAAGAAGGAUGAAAAGGAACAAGUUUUAAAGCCCCCGAUUAUUGACCAAAAGAUUUUGGAGAAAUACUCCAGAGGUACUGGAGUAUCUAUUAAAAGCUUCAAGCAGAAAACUUUCAGGAAAAGGCUCGAGUCGAAGGAGAAGAAAAUUAAAUUUUUCACCGAGGAAGCUGCAAGGAAUGAGCUUCUUCUCACAGAAGAUGCAGGAUUUUUAGAGCCUGAAGGAUAUGAGGAGACUGCUGAAUUCACUCAAAAGCAGAUUGUAAAGGCUGUCGACAUCACAAGUGCCACAAAACAUUUUGAGCUUAAUUUGGAAUUUGGACCUUAUAGAAUUGACUAUACCAGAAAUGGGAGAAAUUUGUUGCUGGGUGGUAGAAGGGGUCACGUAGCAGCAUUCGAUUGGGUCACCAAGAGACUCAUGUGCGAAAUCAAUGUCAUGGAAGACGUCAUGGAUCUGAAAUGGCUCCACUCCGAGACCAUGUUUGCCACAGCUCAAAAGGAUUGGGUGUACAUUUACGACAACGAAGGAAGUGAAAUUCAUUGCAUCAAACAAAUGCACAAAGUCCUGCGCAUGGAGUACCUUCCUUAUCAUUUCCUCCUAGCGGCAGCUUCCGAAACGGGGCAUUUGAACUGGCUGGACGUCUCGAUAGGAAAGAUGGUGGCCGGGUUCAAUGCAAAGAUGGGUCGGUUGCCCCACAUGGCCCAAAACCCCUUCAACGGCACCGUCGUCCUUGGCCAUCCGACCGGCGUUGUUUCUCUCUGGAGUCCCAUGGUCAAAGAGCCUCUGGCCAAAAUGUUGUGUCAGAAGACCGGAAUCAUGUCCAUGGCCGUUGACCCUGCUGGAAAGUACAUCGCCUCAUGCGGAAUGGACAGAAACAUGAACAUCUGGGACAUCAGAGCCAUGAAGCCAUUGCAGAGCUACCGGACGGUCGGAGUUCCCACAUCGCUGUCUCUCAGCCACAAGGGCUGUCUGGCCGCUGGGAACGGAGAUAUUGUUCAGGUGUACAAAGACUGCAUCAACACUCCUGUUGAUGGACCUUAUUUGACCUUUAAAUGCAAGCAGUGGUCAAUCAAGCAGGUGCAGUUUUGUCCGUUUGAAGAUGUCCUUGGUAUUGGAGCUGAACGAGGAUUCUCAAGCAUUCUAGUGCCUGGCUCUGGUGAAGCAAACUUUGACUCGUAUGAGCAAAAUCCAUUCAGAACCAAGUCGCAGAGGAAAGAAGCCGAGGUCAAAUCGCUGCUGGAAAAGAUUCCCGCCGAGCUCAUCACCCUUGACCCUCUGGCCAUCACUGAAGUUGACAUUCCAACCUUGCACGAGAAAGUGGAAGCUCAGAAAAAACUUCUGUACAUGAGACCUCCAAAAAUCGAUUACAACCCAAGAAGGAAAAACAAAAAGGGAGGAGGAGUCCAGGCUGCUAAAACUAGGAAAAUCCUGCAAGAAGAAGCGAAGAAGGACUUCAUUAAGCUCAUGAAGGACAACAAGCCAGACCUGCUCACACCUAUUGGUGGUAAGAGCAGCAAUCGACCAGCUCAGCCUCCAAGUGUUCUGGACAGGUUCAAAGCCAAGCCCAAGAAAAAAUCCACUCCCGUUGAUGGCUGAAUAUUUUGUAAUUUAAUAAUAAAAAUAUUAUUAAAAU